GGGCACUGAGGGGGACAUAGGGGUUACUGGAAGCACUGGCAAUACUGGGAUCAGGCUUAGGGGUACUGGGAGUCGAAAUGGAGACUCUGAAAGGGGGGUCUGGGACAUUCGCUAUUCAAGACCUAAGAGUUACUGGAAGCACUGGGAGGGGGUCAGGGGCUACUGGGAGGUACUAGGACUGAAAACAGGGACACUGAAAUGAGUCUGGGGGCGCUGGGAGGUACUGGGAAGGAGAACAGAGGCACUUGAAGGGGAAAUGGGAUUCUCUGGGGGGGAGCCUGAUGGCACUGAAAAGGGAAAGGAGCCAAGUUGUGGGCUCGGGGACAUCACUGGGAGAACCAGGGGGCACUGGGAAGGGUCUGAGCUCUCACUGGAGGCACUGGGAGCACUGGGUCCCUGCCUCUGUCCCCCAGGCCCUCACUGCCUGGCGUCUGCACCUCUUUGGCCCCACGACACCGGCCAAGGUCUUCACACUGCUGAGCCCGUUCGUACCUGUUUGCACAAAGAUUUCCGUGAGGAUUUGCAUGUCCAUCUGCAUAUCCAUGUGCACAAAGAUUCCUAUUUGUUGCCAGGCCGAAGGUUCCCUGAGUGUGCUGGAGAUUCGCUGCAUCAGCGCCACCAGCCCCACCCAGGUGCGCCUGGACACGGAGCGGGGUCCCCUGGCUCUGGCUCUUGCCAGCCCUGCUGCUGCCGCCUGCCUGGCCCGGGAGCUGGGAGCUGCCCUGGGGCGGGCCCUGCCCUGCGCCCCCCCCGUCUGGACCCUCCCCCCGGCCCCGCCCCUCGACACCUCCCCCACGUCGGAGAGCUCCGCGUCCAGCGGCCCCAGUGUCUGCGGGGGCUUCUCGGACACUUACGCGGCGCUGUGUGACUACAACGGGCUGAGCUGCCGGGAGGAGGUGCAGUGGGACGUGGACACGCUGUACCAUGCGGGGGAGCGGCGAUGCUUCGAUCUGCGGGACUUCAGCCACUUGGAGAGCAGGGAGCUGGCGCUCGCAGUGGCAGCACUGGGCUACAACCGCUGGUUCCGGGGGCUGUGCUGCCGUGACCUGCGCCUGAGCAGUGAGGUGCAGGCACAGGUGCUGCACGCUGUGCGUCGCUCACCCGCGCUGGAGGAACUGAUCCUGGACAACGUGGGGUUAAACGCGGACUUCGCCUCCCGCUUGGCAGCAGCGCUGGCGGCGCACCCAGACCCACCGCUGCGAUGCCUGGAGCUGCCCCGUGGAUCCCUGGGGGACAAAGGCUUGGCAGCACUAAGUCAGCGCUUCCUGGGGCUGCCAGGGGGACUGCGACGGCUACGCUUGCCUCACUGUGGCUUGGGGGCACGAGGAUUGGCAGCGCUGGGCCGGGCGCUGGGCGCAAACCCUGCUUUCCGCAGUGCCCUACAACUGCUGGACCUGGGCCACAAUCCUGGGCUGCUGGGCAGCCCCCACGGCGCUGACCUCUUUGCCUUCCUGGCUCAACCCAACGCCCUCCUGCACCUUGACCUGGCUUCCACUGACUGCGCCCUUGAUGUGCUCUUCGGGGCGCUGCUGCACGGCUGUUGCUCACGGCUCAGCUACCUCAACGUGGCCGGGAACAGCUUCUGCCACCGGAAGACCCGUGAGGUCCCACCCAGCCUGCAGCAGUUCUUCUGCAGCACCUUUGCCCUGUCCCACAUCAGCCUGGCCGGCGUGCGGCUGCCCCCUGAAGCUCUCAGGUCUCUCCUACAGGGAUUGGCCGCCAACACCCGCCUGAGUGACCUCCACCUGGACCUGAGUGGCUGUGAGCUCCGCUCGCCAGGGGCUCGUGUGUUGGAGGAGCUGCUGGGGGGCAUCAGUGCUGUGGGCAGCCUGGACCUCUCAGAUAAUGGCUUUGAUGCCGAUUUGCUGACACUUGUACCAGCCCUGGGAAGGAACAAGGCCCUGAAGCAUCUCUGGCUGGGCAAGAACUUCAGUGUCAAGGCACGAACACUGGAGGAGAUCCUCCACAAGCUGGUCCAGGUCAUCCAGGAGGACGACUGCUCCCUGCAGUCGCUGUCAGUGGCUGAAUCGAGGCUGAAGGCCAGGACCUGUAUCCUGGUGAAUGCACUGGGCAGCAAUGCCUGCUUGGCCAAAGUGGACCUCAGCGGGAACCUCAUGGAGGACAUGGGCGCCAAGAUGCUGGCCAAGGCCCUGCAGAUCAACAGCACCCUGCGGAGCCUCAGCUGGGACAGGAACAACACGACAGCUGUGGGCUUCCAGGACAUCGCCAGGGCAAUGGAGAGCAACCACACAUUGACCUUCAUGGCCCUUCCCCUCUGUGAUCUCACAGCUGCCUACCGAAGUGCCCCAGAGCGAACAGACACCGGUUGGCAGCAGAUCCAGUGGUGCCUCCUGCGCAAUGGCCGCGGUCCCAAGGUGCCACCAGAGCAGGUGCUCCGGCUGCAGCGGGGCAUUGUCACCAGCACGGCCGAGCAAAUGCUCUGCCGGCUGAGCGGACGCGUGCAGGCGGCGGCGCGGGGGCUGCGGGGGCACCCAGGGGCCCAGCGUGACCUUGCAGAGGCCCAGGAGCUGCUGCGGGAAGCCAGGAACGCGCGUGCGCUGUUCCCCAGCCUGGCAGCGCUGGGACCGGCCGGGGCUGGAGCGGGGCCACUGCAGCUGCUCCUGCAGGGGGUGGCGGGGGACGUGGCCAAGGCGGUGGACAAGGAACUGGAGGUACUGCUGGAGGCGCUGCUGGGCCGGGCCGCCGAGCUCUGCCCCCGGGCCACGGCGGCUGGAGUGUGGCCAGGGGGGGCGUGGCUGGGGGGGGCUCCUCGGCCACGCCCCCCGCUGCCCCCCGGCCUGGCCCCGGGGGCUCUGCUGGAGCGGGCAGGGGAGGAGAUCCGAGAGCAGCUGGGGGAGGUGCAGCUGGCGCUGGUGACGUCCCUGACGCAGGCAGUGGUGGCCGAGCUGCUGCGGGAGCUGCGCCGUGUCCACCAAGCUCUGGCCCAGCACCUGCAGGAUCCGAGGAGUCCCCAUGGGCAGGAGCCGUCCAACAGCACCGACGAGGAGCUGGGUGUCGAUGUUGAUGCACCGACGCUACAGCGACACAGACGCUGCCGCCGCACCCGCCCACCUUCCGCCUUCAUGGGCCAGGCCGAGGGGCUGGACUCACCGUCACCCCCCGGGAGCUCUGAGGGGGAUCCCAAGCUGCACCCAAUGCACUUCGGGGCUCCUGAGGCGGUGGGAGGCGGCCCCCAGGAGGAGGAGUUCGGCCGGCUGCCCCCCGCAGUGCCCCCCUACCCCCAGGAGCGUGGCUGCAGCCCCGGCCCAGAGGCAUCAGCCCCCCCGGAAGCCGCCAGCCCCGGCCUGGAGUGGGCGGGGCUUCCCUCCCCGCAGACCCCGCCCCCUCAGGUGAGUGGCAGCUCUGGUCGCCAAUCGCCGGGAGCGGAGCCGCCCUGGGGGCGGGGCCUGGUGCCGGAAGCUCCGCCCUCCCCUCGUGCCACUCAGGCCCCGCCCAGGACGGGAGCGCGGCCCGCGCGGAGCGGCGGCCAUGAUGGAGGGGGCGGGGCCGGCACGGAGGCUCCGCCCGCCGCCCCGACAGGGAGCUCGGACAGGAGCCGCCAGCCGCCGCCCCCGAAGCCGCAGCGGAGGCAGCGCGCACAGUCCUGCGACAAGGCGGACGCCGGGCCCGGCCCGGGGGGAGGAGGUGAGGCCGCCGCGCUGCUCUGAGGGAACCCGCCCAGCUCAGCGCUCCAACGGCCGCUUCUCCACGCAGGCACCUGAACGGCGGCGGGACGCGGCAGCGGCCGCACACGGAUGGGAAUAAAGUUUUAUUGAA